AUGGUGUUGCAGCAGAAAAAGUUAUCCCGCAUGAAAGGCCGACUUUGCUUCGUGAGAUGUGAUGAGGAAAAAAACAUAUCAGUUGCUCCGAACUCUACAGUUUGUCUUUAUGGGUAUCUGGAUAGAAAAAUUACAUACCAUGAUACUUCUGCUGUUGUUCAUCCUUGUAACAAAACAUCUGUGCCAGAUCUUGAGAUUACACCAACUAUUGUUCAAUACCGGUACAGGGAAAACCAGGGCAUUGAGAUUCAGCUGUCAAAUGUUACUGCAAGAACCAUAGUUGUAGCGCCUAGGGCAAUUAUUUGUGAACUUCAGCCAGUGACGAUUGAAGAUGAGCCAACUGAAGGAAAAGGUUCAGAUGUAUCAUUUCUCUCCAAAAUCACUCUGUCAUCUGAUAUUAGUGAAGACCAACGUGAGCAGGGAAAACAUUUGAUUUUGGAGUUCCAAGAUGAGUUUUCCAAAGGGGAUGAAGACAUAGGAUUUUGUCCGAGAGUCCAGCACCGAAUUGACUUGCAAAAUGAAACGCCUUUCAAGAUUCCACAUCGUCGAAUUCCACCAGCAAUAUUUGAAGAGGUGAAGCAGCAUUUGAAACAGCUUCUUGCAUGUGGGAUCAUACGAAGAUCUUUCAGUCCUUGGGCAUCUCCAGUUGUUAUAGCCAGGAAGCCUGAUGGUAGUCUUCGCAUGUGUGUUGAUUACAGAAUUCUUAACCAACGUACAGUCAAGGAUGCUUAUGCCCUACCACGAACAGAGUAG